AUGUUUGCAAUGAUGUUAACACGAAACAUCACUAGUGUUAUCAGUGUGGCCGCCGCCGCCUUGGCUGGUUGUAUUGCAGUCCACAAAUACACACAACAACGACGCCAUCGCCGCAGUAGUGGUAGUGGUAGUAAUAGUAAUAAUAAUGGUAAUAAUGGUAGUGGUGGGAAGAGUAAUGGAGAGAUCUCAUUAAGACAUGUCUACUCCUACAGUGAACCUUCACUGCCGUCGGUUGGAUUUCUUUUCCGUUUGUUUGGUUGGGUGGUUCGCCGCAAUGCGACGAUUGUCCUCCGAACCGCAAACCGACAGGAUGCGGUGCUGUACCACUCCCAACUCACCGCACUUCAACAGGAAAAGGAACAACAACAACUUCAAUGCCGAUUUACAUUAGAAGUGGAGGAAGCCGCACAUCUUCAUGGAGUAUUGGUGAUUGAGGCACGUAUACAGAAAGGAGAUAAUGAUAAUAAAGAAGAAGAAGAAGAAAAAGAAGAGAACAAUAACAAUAACAACAACAAAAAGGAGAGAUCCGCUUUGCAGAAGAUGUGUAUGAAAGAGAUGGAAUCUUUAUUUGAUGAAAGUGUAGCGACUACCGCAGCAGCCCUUUCAUCUUUAUAUAAUAGACAAGAAUCAUUAGUGUUGUGUCGAAUUCCAAUUCCGGAUUUACGUGUAUACCGUGAUUUACCGCCAGUGAUUCCACGUCUUUUGGCGGCUCUUGCAGAUAAUAGACGACUCUUCCCUACAUAUGCAGAGGAACUAUUAUAUUAUCUUCCUUAUAUUGAACGAUAUAAAUAUCAACAACGAAAACAACAACAACAACAACAACAACAUACAGUUGCAUCUACAAUGAUGGUAACAACAAUACGAACCACUACCACAACGAGAAGAGCCGCAGCUCCCACUACGACGACAACGACGAUGAUGACCACUAUGACUAGUAGUACCACAACAACAACGACUACUAGUAGUAGUAGUGCUGCUGCUGCUGCUACUACUACGAAUGCAGGAAUGACAUCAACAUCAUUGGAAAUACAGGAUGAAGGGAAUUGCAUGGACGCUAGUCUGACAAGCUCUACUUCUUUACCUCUAAAGGAAGAUACCUGUUCUAUUGCCUCACUUUUAGGAGAUCUUAUUGAUGUAAAUGCCACCAUGUUCUCCACUUCAUUAUUUGUGGAUUUUAGUGAUACCACAAAUGUCUUACGGUGUGGUACAGGGGAAACAAGUACGGGUUUCUUUAUUGGAGAGGAUCAAUUUAUUUACAAUGCCAUUCAUGAGGCCUUCUUUCAAGUUGUUCUACGCACCCCACUUACAUCUCCACAAGUUUCUGCCGCGGAUAAUUUACGAAAAUAUCCAUUUAAAGUUUGGCAUAUGAGUCGUCGCUCUCGCCGUGCGGCGGCGGAGUUGUAUGUGAUUGAUGUUGCGGCUGCGAAGGGCGAUCCACUGAUUUGCCAAACACGAGUGGUGGAUGAGGUGGUGGCGCAGGCGGUCCUUGUGCAUCACCGGGGAUCACUGCUGGAGUUUGUGGAGGCACUGCACGCACGGUUUGCACUCAUAUACACACCUGUUAAUCCCACACUGCGGGCUUGUGUGGAACAGCGACGUGGUGGUAAUAAUAAUAAUGAUGAUGAGAAUGAUAAGAAUGAACCACAAACACCAGCAGAAGAAGAAUAUAAACAAGAAUAUGAAUGUGGAAGAGAUGGUGUGGAUGGACAGAGUGAAGAGAUAACGGCAAGUAGUGGUGUUGGUGGUGGUAUUCACACAAUGCGAGUGGGAAAGAUAUCAGCAGAAGGCAAUGGAUAUUAUUAUAAUAAUGAUGCAGAGCCAAGUCUAGCAGAUGGGGAAAAAGAAAAAGAAACGAAAGAACAACAACAACAACAACAACAACAACGAGAAAACGAAGAAGAAGAAAAAAAUGAUGGUGAAGGGAAUAGUACAGUAUCAAUGCGAGACGUAUUAGAAGAAUUGAUCUACUUGCGAGAGUUUAUUCUCAAACAUCGUAUUACUUUCUAUAAUGCAGUCCUCACAGCAGCUGGAUCGAAUCUACUGGAGGAGGUAUUUGGUGUUCCGGCAACUGUUUUUCCAUUUCUUCCUUGUGCCCGUGAGAGUGUAGCCUUUGUGACUUGUGUGUUUGACUGUAUUCUUUCCACAUAUGGGCCAUUAAAUUUUCAUAAUUUUACAAAAUAUGCCCAUGAUGUGUUUGUGCGGGAUAGACCAGAGAUUGUUCGCCACGCCCCUCGUAUCUUCCGCGCUCUUAAUAAAACCCGCACGGGAGUGAUCUCCUUUGAGGAGUUGUGUUGUUGGAUGGCCCGCAAACUCUCCUCUGGAAUGCUCCUGCGGCCAGACGCGCAUCUCAUUGCGAUUGCCAUGUCGCUGCGGCUGCCGUUGGCGCUGUUGAUGGACAGACGACAACAGUGGUCAAGGAUGGAAUGUGCACUGUCGUCCCUCUCAGACGCAGAUGCGGAUGGAUAUUAA